AUGAACUUUGCAUUUCAGCUGCCCAUAGAUCAGGGCGGUGGAGAAGGAAAAGCCAUGUACAUCGACACAGAGGGAACCUUCCGUCCAGAGAGGCUGCUGGCUGUAGCUGAGAAGUACGGGUUGGUGGGCAGCGACGUGCUGGAUAACGUGGCGUACGCCAGAGCCUUCAACACAGACCAUCAAACACAGCUGCUGUAUCAGGCCUCCGCGAUGAUGACUGAGUCCAGAUACGCUCUGCUGAUAGUAGACAGCGCUACUGCACUGUACAGGACAGAUUACUCCGGGCGAGGAGAGCUGUCUGCCCGUCAGGGGCAUCUGGGUCGGUUUUUACGCAUGCUGCUCCGUCUCGCUGAUGAG